AUGCUAUCAAGUCGCAAAAGACGUGCCAACGCAGCAUCCGAGACCGAGACAACCCCAAGCGCACGUCAGCGCAGAAGACAAAGCGAAGAAACCGACUCAUCACCCGCACCAGACAGCGACGAUGACGGUCCAAGCGCACCAACCAGCACCGAUGGAAUGGUCAAGAAAUUGGUGCGGCUCGCCAUAGCAAGCGAGUAUUCGCGGCUCCCGAUCCGUCGCAACGACAUCAGCGCCAAGGUGCUGGGUGAGCAGGGCUCACGGCAAUUCAAGCUAGUUUUCGACCAGGCGCAGUGGGAAAUGAGACAGCGCUUUGGUAUGGAGAUGACCGAGUUACCGGCACGAGAGAAAGUCACCAUUACCCAGCGACGAGCUGCGCAGAAAACUGAAAAGCCUUCCUCGGCUAAUAAGUCCUGGAUCGUUACUAGCACUUUGCCGCUUCCAUACCGUUCUCCCGAUAUCCUUAUUCCAACUAAAGCACCCUCCCUCUACACUGAAAGCACAUACACGGGUCUGUACAGUUUCAUUAUAGCGGUGAUUGUGCUGAAUGGUGGUUCGCUGGCUGAACAGAAACUUGACCGGUACCUGUCGCGUACAAACGCUGAGAUUGCUACGCCGGUCGACCGCACGGAUAAACUGCUUCAGCGGCUAUGCAAGGAGGGAUACAUUAUCAAGACGCGAGAGAUGGACGGCGGUGAAGAGGUGAUUGAGUACGUCCUUGGCCCGCGGGGUAAAAUCGAGGUUGGGACUAGUGGUGUGGCGGGUCUUGUGCGAACUGUUUAUGGGAAGGAGCAGGGUGACCAUGCGGGCUUGACCCAGUUCCAGAGGGAAGAGCUCGAGGAUUUCGAAGGGAAGCUUGGGAGGAGUCUUGGGAUCGAACCGGCGCCCGUACGAGCUAAUGGGGUGGAUGGUGCUAGCGAUGUGGGUGAUGCUCGAGUUAACGGGAGCGCAGAGGAUGGCGAGGCGCCGCAGAGCUCAGGGCCUAGACGGUCCUCGAGGCGUGCCCCUACCCAGGAGGAAGAAGAAGAAGAAGAAGAAGAAGAUUCUGAAGAGUAUGAGGAAGAGUGA